UCGUGGUGACUCCGACUCGUGACCGGUGAGCGUGAGUGCGUGACUCGGGACGAGUGGAGACCGGAGAGAUCGACGCUCUUAAACGGCGUAUCGCGUUUCGUAGUUUCAUACAUAUUUUCUCCCGUUCACCCGCGGUCCCACGAUAUCGUACGACGGUCAGUAGCCACGACCUACCAAAAUCAGUCACGAAUCACAAUUCACAGUGACGUGCGAUCAGAUCGUGCGAUUUCAUUACCAUUUUCCAAGAGUGAUCUCAGAACCCUUCCCUCGAACGUCGUGGACAGCCGAACCAGCGGCUGUCGAUACGAUCACUGUUGGAUACAGUAGUUGAUAUAGUAAUAAAGUGUAAAACGCAUCAGCCAUUUUUUCGCAAUUCGUUUGUCAUGGCCCGGGGACAACAGAAAGCGCAGUCACAGGCCAAGGCCGCAGAAAAACAAGCUAAGAUGAAGAAGCAACAGGGUCAUAGCGCCAAUGAACAGAAGAAAGCUGCACAGAAGGCGUUAAUUCACGUUUGCACUGUCUGUAAAGCCCAGAUGCCAGAUCCUAAAACGUAUAAACAACACUUCGAAAACAAACACCCUAAAAAUGAUAUGCCUGAAGAACUGAAAGCUGUUUCAUGAAUCAAUGGUGAUCGAUUAAAUUGUAUUUAAUCAAGUGUAAAAACAAAUACCUAAACUAAGUAAUAUUAAAGUUUUUUAAUGAUUGAUAUAA